AUGGCAACAAAUAUUAUCAAAAUUAAAUUUACAGGUUGUUCGACGUAUCCUAAUAUAACAGACGCAAAUUUUGAUAAGGAUUGCAAUGGAAAUAUAGUCAUUACAUGUAAUGAAGGUUUCAAGAUGGUACAAGGGCUGGAAUGUGUUGAGGAAGAAUGGAGAUAUCAAAACCCAAUAUGUAAACGCACAGGAGAUGAAAUAUGCUGUCCAAUAUAUCCAUGUAAAAGUUUGUUUAAAAUCAAGUCCUCAUUUUCUUCUCACUUAACAAGAAAACAUCACAAUUGGACUAAAGAUAGCUUCAAUCAACAAUUUGUUAAUGACAAUAUUACAUGCGAUUCAGCAGAGACAGAAUAUUCUGCAAUUGACAAAGAAUUCACAGAUCAGUUUGACGACACUGAACAUGAGGGAACUGGGGACAAUAUAGAUAUCGAAACUAACGAAACCAUAACAGACAAUAAUGAAGAUUGUAGCAUAGAUGACUAUGAAAGUAAUUUAAUGACCAGCUUUGCUCUAUUUUACUUAAAAUUGCAGGCUAAGCAAUUGGUCCCUCAGUCCACAAUUCAGUUCAUAGUCGAAGAAAUUGGCAAUCUGUAUUCCUUAGGUUGGGAAAAUAUGAAGAAAAUGUUAAAAAGGAAACUAGUAGAACAAGGACUUUCAAAUGAGGUAGCAGAACAGUUGCUUGUGGAAAUUCAAAAUCAUAAUCUGUUUUUGCAUGCAACCGACAUAGAUGAGGGCCCGUUUCGUUCAACUUACAGAAGGAAUAUUUAUUACAAAUCAAAAUUUAGACAUGUUCCUCCAGUAAAGUGUAAAAUUGGUCAAAAUAUUAAAGGUCCUGUUUAUAGUUACUAUGUGCAUUUAGAAAAACUCAUUGCCUCUCUCUUUCAAGACAGAUCAGUUUUAGAUCAGUAUAAUAAUCCAAUUAUUAAUUUUAAUCGGAAUGAAUUGCAUGAUAUUCGUGAUGGCACUCAUUUUAAAAGCAAUCCCUUUUUUCAAGAUAAUUCUCGUAUUCAAAUUAUGCUCUAUCAAGAUGCCUUUGAAAUAGUGAAUCCAAUAGGUGCAGCAAAAACAAAACAUAAGAUGAUUGGUAUUCAUUUUACAUUAGGCAACUUUUAUCCAUGGAACAGAUCCAAAAUUGAUACAAUCCAGCUUGUUGCACUAUGUCGGGACAAGGAUUUAUCUGAAUUCGGUGCUGAAGUGGUGUUUAAAAAUUUCAUUACUGAUUGCAAACGGUUUGAAAAUGAAGGGUUUUUUGAUGUAAAUGGAAUAACAGGGCCUUUAUUUGGUACAGUAAUAUCUUGUUUAGGGGAUAAUUUAGGUUCACAUUACUUAGGUGGAUUUGUGGAAAACUUUUCAGGUGAAUAUUGGUGCCGAUUUUGCCUUCAUGCAAAGAGUGAUAAAGAUAUAUUACCUAAAGAACCUAGAACAAAAAUUACAAGGACUGUCUGA